AAAGAAGACGCACUUCACGCAGGUGUUUACGUUUUUUCACUUCCGUAGUAUCCUAAAGCGGAAUAACGUCACCAAUCUAACGUUGAAUUUCCAAAUUUUAGAAGAGCCUCUCGGUCAUGUUUCUGUUUUUCAACUUAAGUAUUCGAGGUGCCUGACAGAUAAGUAUUGUUAAGCUCGUGUUCUGUCCGCCUCGCGAUUUUCCUCAUCUUUUUGUCGCGACUUAAGCUAAAGCUAAAGCUAGCGGUGCUAGUAGCUGGUCAGCGGCGGUUGACAAAAAUUUAACAAUAACACCCGAUCCGCAUUAAAUCCAGUGUUAAUUUGUAUACCGAAUAAGGCAGUCAUGGCCACAAGGCGUCUGACCGAUGCCUUCUUGUUAAUGCGGAACAAUGCAAUCCAAAACCGGCAGAUAUUGGCAGAGCAAGUGAGUACAUACGACCCCCGUCUGAGUACACGUAGCAAUGCUGCGGAGCUUGAUGAGUUGGCUGAUGAUCGAAUGGCCCUGGUGUCAGGAAUCAGUCUGGAUCCUGAAGCAGCCAUCGGCGUCACAAAGAAACUGCCCCCUAAAUGGAUAGAUGGGGUUGAUGAGAUCCAGUAUGAAAUCACGCGGGUACGGCAAAAGAUGAAGGAUUUGGCCGUACUGCAUGACAAGCAUAUGAAUCGACCUACACUUGAUGACAGUAGUGAGGAAGAGCAUGCUAUAGAAAUCACUACUCAGGAGAUAACACAGAUGUUUCACCGAUGCCAGCGAGCUGUGACGGGCUUGCAGUCUCGUUGUGGUCACUGUACCGAACAGGAGGAGAGGCUUUUGAGAAACGUGGUCUCGUCCCUGGCGCAGAGCCUUCAAGAGCUGUCCACCAAUUUCAGACACACACAGUCCGGCUACCUAAAACGUAUGAAGAAUCGUGAGGAGAGAUCAAAGCACUUUUUUGACUCUGGACCCUUAAUGGAAGAGGAUGAAGAAUUAGCUGUAUAUGACAAGGGUUUCACAGACGACCAGCUGAUGCUGGUCGAGCAAAACACUCUUAUGGUUGAAGAACGAGAGCGGGAGAUCCGACAGAUCGUGCAGUCCAUCUCCGAUCUGAAUGAGAUUUUCCGGGACUUGGCUGGAAUGGUGGUGGAACAGGGCACCGUUCUGGACCGAAUUGACUUCAAUGUGGAGCAGGCUUGUGUGAAAACAGAUGAUGGACUGAAACAGUUACAAAAGGCAGAACAAUAUCAGAAGAAAAACAGAAAGAUGCUGGUCAUAUUGAUCCUCUUUGUCAUAGUUAUUGUUCUAAUUUUUAUUCUUUUUGGAACAAAGUUUUAAUCAUGCAUUCCUCUGGCUUUUGUUUUCUGUGUGGGUAUUUGGUUGUGCAUCUGUGUGGACUUUGAAUUGGUGUCGGCUCUACCCAAAACAAAGCUAACUGCCUUUUCAUACCAGGAAACGUCAAGAAUAAUUCCUUAUCCCUCUGCUGGUGCCCUUUGGACAGCUUGGAGAUUUUGUGGUUGACUUUGAUUGAAAGAAAACAUCAAUCUGUCCGAGCUGUGGCUAUUUUAAAAUGAAAAAAAUAGUCAAGACUAUGAUAGUUGACCCAGACUAAGUUGACAUGUAUUAGUCUUAAAAAAAAAAACCCUGUUUGGUGUAAAAAUAGAAUACCAAUGUCUAAAUGCUAAAUCAGUGUUUUCGGCUUGAACUUCAAAGCAUGAAUUGUGACGUUCCUUGUGUGACAAUGCAUCGUUUCCGCAAAGUAUCAUCGCAAACGUGUGGUUCCUUUUGAGUAAGACGUGACAAGAACGAAUGUUUGUGAAAGAGAAUAAUGCAGUACAUCUCAUUUCACUGCAAGUUGAGUCAUUCCUCUAUUACAUCUACAUCCUGGCUCAGUGUUUUUACAUUGAAAGGACUAAAGAGAAUGUUUUGUAUUAGGAUAGCAGCAUAUACGGUUCGUUAAAUCAUCUAGCACCAAAAUUUCUUUGGUUUGAGGACCCUUUUUUCACCCCUUCCUGCACAAUUUAAAAUAAUAUUGAUAUUGUUUCCUGGAUUGUCAGCCUAAGGAGGGGGUAGAUGCCUGUGAUCUUUCUCCUCACUGUAAUUUCAAAAUCAUACCUGUGUCCCGCCUGCUGCACUUUUGAUGAAGUGCUAAUUCAAAAACACUUAAUCGUUUGUUUUUAUGGUGCUUGCUUAAAGUGCUACCUUUUUAAAACUCUUGCAGUUUGCACAUAUUGAGGGGGGAGGGUGGUUGUGUUACUACUGUCAUCUAAGAGAUGAAAACAAUUAUUUUAAAAUAUUUAUUUUUCAAUAGCUUCAAAUAAUCAGGAGGUUGAGGAGUUCAGCUUCUGGGAGAAUUCCUGUAUAUUGAAUCAAGUGCAUCUGUAGUCUAAACCCAACGUUAUUGUCCACUCUAAGAAAACUAACUAAUCCAAAACGAGCAGACGUUUGAAGACAAAAUCAUUUUUAUUUUUGAUUGUCUUGGAAUUUCUUUACAUGUGUUUUAUAAAGACUGACGAGCAGACAUUAAGAGCUUUAUCUAACAAAACCGUACCGACUACACUUUAUAGGCCUGUUAAAUCAUCUUCGUCAUUGAUGUAAAGUUAUGUGUGUCAAUUAUUUAUGUCUUACUGCUACUGUUUUUUGUUUUUAAAAACAAAAUGAGAUAGCAACUUUGGUUUCUUUUUUUAAAUAAACCUGGAACAUGA